AUGGGCUCAUUAAGCACAAACGUCAGCGCCUCCAACCCGUUCCGGGAUCGUAUCCUGGCGGGCGAGGUUUGCGCCGUCAUGUCGGUCAAGGUGGUGCUCAGCAACGAAAUCGCCAUGAUGACCAAAAUGGCCGGGAUCCACGGCAUGUUCAUCGACAUGGAGCACUCGUCGAGCGACCUGUCCCAAGUGGCCCAGCUCAUCCUGGCCUGCACCUACGCGGGCGUUUCGCCGCUGGUCCGCGUCCCGUCCCAGUCCCCGUGGCACAUAAGCCGGGUGCUCGACUCUGGCGCCGCGGCCGUCAUUGUCCCGCACGUCGAGACGGUCGACGAGGUCAAGGCCCUCGUCCGCGCCGCCAAGUACGCGCCCCUGGGCGCCCGCGGCUGCGCCAACAACCAGCCCAUUCUCCACUUCCGCUCGCUGCCGAGCCCGGUGCAGAACGAGGUCCUGAACCGCGAGACCAUGCUGAUCCCCAUGAUUGAGACGCCGGGGGCCGUGGACCUGGCCGAGGAGUUUCUGAGUAUCGACGGCGUCGACGGCAUCCUCAUUGGCUCCAACGACUUGUGUUCGGAUUAUGGCAUCCACGGGCAGUACGACAACCCCAUUUACCAAGAUGCCGUGACCAAGAUUGUGCUGGCGGGGAAGAAAUACGGCAAGCCCAUUGGCAUUGGCGGCAUCGGCGGACGGGCGGAUCUGCUGGAAAAGUGGUUUGCCAUGGGCGCCUCGUGGUCGCUCAGCGGUGGUGACCAGGCCAUGCUGCUGGCUGGUUUGAAGGCUUUGGGCGAAAAGUACAAUGGCAUCAACGAGCGGGUGCAAGAGGCACGCAAGUCCUCGUAG